GAUAGAGCUAGAGCAGCAGGAGCGAGUUGAGCGAGAGAGCUUCAGUAUAAUAGCUUCCCCAUUCUGCAGAAACCAGGAAAAACGUAAGCCGCAGGACUAGUUGCAAUUCAGCCGUGUGCAUGCAUGUGCUAGCGACGGUCCAGAGAAGGUGGCUUAUAUGCACAUUGUCUACAGGAUGAAGACUGGCUACAGCGUGAUGCCGUCGAGGGCAGACGAUACGGAUGGGGCUGAACCUCACCUCGACAUCUAUCGCCCGAAAAGAUCGAUUCUGCCAAGAAUAUGCAUUGCCCUACUGUUGGUCCUCCUGUUUGCAGCAACAGUACUCUUUGUGGUCUUUGUGGUGCUGUACGCGCUCAACACAUCUCCAUCCUCUUCUUCUUCAGCAGCAACAUCUCCAAGCAUCUCCCUCUUCCUCCUCUCUACCUACCCCCACAUCUAAUGUGUGUGUGAGUGAGGCUUGCCUGGAUCUGGCAGUGCAGAUCAAGGGGGCCAUGGACGAGAGCAUUGAUCCCUGCCAGGACUUCUACAACUUUACCUGCGGUAACUGGCCAGCCUUCAACCACAUCCCUGAAGGUCUGUAUGGGACAGGAGCACUAGAACAGCAGCAGUAUGCUGUGUACAGUGACUUGGCUAAGGUUCUGGAGACAAAUUUCACAGGAGGGAACAAGGUCCUGACUCAGCUGUCAAACUUCUACAACUCCUGCAUCGCUGCUCAGAUGAUGAAUGAGACGGAAUUUGUCAAUCGUCUUGUGCCCAUCAUUAGAAAGUUUUACCAAGAGCUUGGUGGGUGGAGUUUGGUGAAUAUACCUGGCGAUGGAACGGUGUGGAGUGUCAACAGCUCUCAGUUCAUUAGAGAGAAAAUGACAGGGAGCGACGCAUUCUACAGUCUCAGUGUCGGGUUUGAUGAAGAUGCUCGCCAGUAUUCAUUGGUUAUCGAGCAAGCUGGACUAAGUCUUGAAGAUCCAGAAAUGUACAAUGACACCAACUCAACGGAAAAUGUUGCUGUAUGAGAUGGAGAUAAUUCUGACAGAACUGGCUCAGGGCCCUAUUCCUAAUGGGUCUAAUGGGUCUAGUGGGUCGUUGUACCAGAUUUUGGAAUUGAAUAUGCCCUGGCACAAGUACGUGAGUAGCUAUCAUCUGUAAACUUGGACUGAUUUUAACGGAGAAGAAAUAGAACAAUACAAGCGGAGCGGACGUAAAAUGUGUCAGUUUCAUGGCAUAAUUAUAAGCACAUUUGGAAUUGGACCGUGUUUAUCUGUGAAUGGGUUUGUGGCAAUGUUUUGUUCAGAUUUGGGAAGACGCUGAAGAUGAUACAAACAAUACCUACACAGUUAAAGAGCUCUACAAACUGUGGCCAAACCAUGACUGGCUAGGAGUGUUAAAGGGAGUUCUUGGACCAUCAGGAGUAGACGUCAAACCCUCUUCUAAUGUGACUGUGGAAACUCCCAAUUACUUCAGGCGGUUGACUGAACUAGUGGAGAACACUGACGAUGAAACUCUGGAGAACUAUGCCAAGUGGAGCAUGACGUGGCAGUUGGCUGAGAUCUUUGUCCCAGACGCCACCAUCAGAGAGAGUCUGAUUCUCUUCAGACAGCUGGUACUGGGGAAACCAUCCAUGGACGAGCAACAAGAGUGUGUCCAAACUGUGGAAAAAGUGCUUCCAUUGGCUCUGGGUAGAGUGUAUGCUCAAUACCUUCUCCCUGAUGGUUUCAAAAAGGCUGGUGUUGAGCUGGUGGCUGGAGUAAGGGCAGGUCUCAAACAGAGGAUGAUGGAUGUUGACUGGCUGGAUGAUGAGACCAGGAAACUGUCCAUUGAGAAGCUGGAGGCCAUUCAGUCAAGAGUUGCAUACCCAAAUAUGACAUUCAAUGACAGCUUUCUGAAUAUGCUCUACGGCAUGUACAAGUUUAACAAGGACCAGUAUGUUGAAAACUUCUUGGAGUUCAUCAACAUCUCUGUACGCCAGCAGUUCUCACUCAUCUACAAGCCUCUUGACAGAAACAUGUGGCUGGAUUCCCCUACUUCCGUAAACGCCUAUUACAUAGCAGUCUUCAAUCAAAUAUCAAUUCUUGAGGCUAUAAUGCGGACUCCGUCUUUUAGUGAUGAGUGGCCACUGUCGGUUCAGUACGGUGCUCUGGGGAUGGUAUUGGGACACGAACUUACUCACGGAUUUGAUAAUAAUGGUCGUCAGUAUGAUAAGAAUGGUCGUAAGAGAAUGUGGUGGAGUAAGGAGGCAAUAGAGAAAUUCAAGGAAAGGGCUCAGUGUUUUGUGAAGCAAUACUCUCAUUAUGAGAUGUUUGGAAUACCAGUAAGUUAU